AUGACCACUAAAUACGAGUAUAUGAACGAAGCGUCUACCGACCCAGAAUUGAUUUGCACUAUUUGUCAUUCACCUUUGGAAGAUCCAUGUUGUACUCCAUGUGGUGAAACGUUUUGUCGUGAAUGUAUUACGAAGUGGAUUCAGACACCAAAUGUUUCUUGUCCUAUUUGUCGAAAGGAUCUGUCUAUCGACGUUCUUACGCAACCUUCACGUAAUGUUCGCAAUAUGCUUGAUCGAAUUCCAGUCAAAUGCAUAGUUUGUGGACAAGAUGACUUAUGGCGAGGAAAUUUUGAUGAUCACAUUCAGAAAGUGUGUCCAAAGACAGUUGUAUCCUGUUCAGCAGCAGAUGUUAAUUGUACAUGGACAGGACAGCGUGAUCAGCUCAAUCAACACUUACUUGUUUGUCAGUUUGCAUCAAUUGACAAAGUUAAGCCUGCUAUCACCGAGUUAAUUACAGAAUAUCAACAACUGAAAGAUCAGGUAACUCGGCAGAUCCCUCAAAUAAACGAACAACAGAACGAAAUUAAACGACUUAAAGAACAACUUAUCCAAAAAGACACUCAAUUAGGUAAAUGA